AUGGUCGUCCGGGCGUUCCUUUGCGUUUUGUUAGCUACACUAAUGCACGUUGCUCUGAUUCUUACUGGCUGGUUUGACAGAGUUACCACGGAACUGGGCUAUGAUAUGUACGCUGAAAGAGUGGACUCUGUUCCCUUUCUCCCGUUUCCCAUGCCAAUGAACACGCUUAUAAACUUUGGGUACGCUUACGCUGGGCUUGCUUGGUUACCCACUUUCUCCAAAGGUUCAGAUCUUUGGGGCGAGUCCUUCUGUUGGUACAGCAUUUUCUACAGCAUGAUGCAGCUAGCUAGGAUUGUAUACCAGACACAACGCACCGCUGUACUAGACCAGUGGAUCACUACAACUAUAUUCUGUCACGUGACACUCUGGAUUAUAUCCCUCCCCUCCUGCGACGGGAUCCUGAUUCGAUCCCUCAGAUCCCUCAACCAAAGAGCAAUCCUGAUAGUCUCCUUUCUAAGUUACUUCUUAUCGCUCUGCUCGGAGAUAGGGUUUGAUAUCGCCCUGGUUGUACACAUGCUGGCAGCAGUCCGUGUUGGUUACGAAGCUCACUUAUCCAGUGGUAAUGAUUUCAGUGGUGAUGUAUUUAGGAAAGCUUUUCUGUGCUGCCUCGGUUUUGUUGUGCUGAAAGUUGCUGAUUUGCCUCUGAGGGAGUACUGGACUCCUAAUUGUUUUUCGGGCCAUUUCUUGUCUAAGAUUUGCGAUGUGGGUCAGAUUUAUUAUGUAGCCGAGUUUGUGCAUGUUCUUACUGGUAAGAAAUCCGAAACUCUCAAAUCUGAGUGAGUAUUUAACGAUCUGCUGUCAAUUCAGUGUGAAUCAAGGCUUAAAAUAGAACAUUUUUGGCAGCAUUUUGUAGAUUAAAUUUUAAUUGGUCUAUGUUUAUUUGUAUUAUUUAGUAGUGUGGGUAAUUUAUUGAUUUGAGUUAGUCUAUUAUUGUUACUGAUUAUUAAUUGUAUCGUUA